GUGAGUGUUCUUACAGACCAGGUGGAAGCUCAAGGAGAGAAAAUCCGGGACUUAGAAAUCUGUCUUGAGGGGCAUCAGUUGAAACUGAAUGCUACAGAAGAAAUGCUUCAACAGAAAGACUUUUAUUAUCUUUCUGAGGAGCUGCUAAGUCGAACAUCACUAGAGACUCAGAAAUUAGAUCUAAUGGCUGAAGUUUCAGACCUUAAGAUUAAGCUGGUUGGUAUGGAAAAGGAACAGAGUGAAUAUGAAGAGAAACAGAACAAAGCUGAGUCAGUGGUGAACCUGAUCAGUGAGCUACAGGAGCAGAUGUGUAGACUGCAGCUGGAAAUUAAUAGUAGAAUCCAAGAAAGAAAGUCUCAAGAUAGGAAACCAGACUUGACACCUAAUGGUCCUCAAUCUAGUCCAAGAUCAGUAGUAGAGACUCUCAGCCAGAGGAAUUGUUCUCGGUGUGAUGGUUUGCUACAGGAACUUAGACACCUCAAAAUUAAAGUGGAAGAACUGGAAAAUGAAAGAAAUCAAUAUGAGUGGAAAUUAAAAGCAACCAAAGCUGAGAUAGCCCAGCUUCAAGAGCAAUUAGCUCUCAAAGAUGCAGAAAUAGAACGCUUACAAAGUCAGCUAUCUAGGACCUCAUCACAUAGUGAAGUGGCAGAAAGAGAUCAAGAAGUUCAACGGUUGAAGAUAGGAAUGGAAUCAUUAUUGGCUGCAAAUGAAGAAAAGGACCGUCGAAUAGAGGAGUUAACACUAUUGCUAAGCCAGUACAGGAGGGUCAAAGAGAUAAUGAUUGCAGCUCACGGCUCUUCUCUCUCUAGCGGCAGUGAAGAGGAACUUGAAACAACUUUAAGAAAGUGGAACCUUUUGAAUAACCCUCAAGGAGAAUUAUUUAAAACAGAGGCCUCUUCAGGAGAAUUGUCACCAGCUCUGCUGUCUCCGGUGCCACACAAAACUAUGGAAAUCAGUGGAAACAUUCCAGUGUCUUCAACUAAUUUAACCUCUCCACAAGAAGAAUCUUUGGAAAUCAUAAAUAGGGUUCCACAGAAAAAAAAGUCAAGUAGUUUAGAAGACUUGCAGAGUGAAUCUCUGGAAAAGAGUAAGCCGCUUGUGAAAGGCAGCAAGUACCAAACCUUGCCAGGAAAGCUGCCUCGACCCUUACAGAACGGAGAGCAGGGAACAUAUAAUUCGCCAGAUGGGUGUGCCAUGAACAACAACGAGGACAGCAGCAUCCUGGGCUUAAAUCGCAUCAGGAGUGUCAGUGCACCAGUGCUAGGAGAAACAGAGAAUGUGGAUGGUACAGUAGUCUCGGAUGACCUUUCACAUCUUUCUUCGGGAACGGAUUCAGGUCCACAGUCUCCAUUGUCUCCAGAAAACAGAAAGAGUCCAAAAGGGAUCAAGAAAAUCUGGGGAAAAAUAAGAAGAACGCAGUCAGGUAACUUCCCUGCAGAUGACCUGGGUUUGGCAGAGUUUCGAAGAGGUGGUCUCCGUGCAACAGCUGGGCCUCGGUUAUCCAGAUCAAAGGAAACGAAAGGCCAGAAAAGUGAUUACAAUGCUCCAUUUGCUCAGUGGAGCACGGAAAGAGUUUGUAACUGGCUUGAGGACUUUGGUCUUGGUCAGUACGUCAUUUUUGCACGGCAGUGGGUGACUUCAGGCCAUACGCUGUUAACUGCGACACCUCAGGACAUGGAAAAGGAAAUGGGAAUAAAGCAUCCAUUACACAGGAAGAAAUUAGUUUUGGCCAUUAAAUCAAUAAAUGCAAAACAAGAUGAAAAGUCUGCACAACUGGAUCACAUCUGGGUGACACGCUGGCUUGAUGAUAUUGGUUUACCUCAGUACAAAGACCAGUUUCAUGAGUCCAGAGUUGAUGGGAGAAUGUUGCAGUACUUAACUGUGAAUGACCUUCUCUUUCUGAAAGUCACCAGUCAGCUGCAUCAUCUGAGUAUUAAAUGUGCCAUUCAUGUGCUGCAUGUCAACAGUUUUAACCCCCACUGUCUACGCAGGAGACCAGUUGAGGAGAAUAGCGUUUCGCCUUCUGAAGUAGUUCAGUGGUCCAAUCACAGAGUGAUGGAAUGGCUCAGGUCAGUUGAUCUGGCAGAAUAUGCACCAAACCUUCGAGGAAGCGGAGUGCAUGGCGGCCUGAUUAUUCUUGAGCCUCGCUUCAACGGUGACACACUGGCAAUGCUGCUGAAUAUUCCACCUCAGAAGACCCUACUGCGACGCCACCUAACAACCAAUUUUAACAUACUAAUUGGACCAGAGGCACAACAAGAAAAAAGAGAAAUAACGGAGUCAACAGCAUACACGCCUCUGACCACCACUGCCAAAGUUCGGCCAAAGAAACUUGGAUUUUCACAUUUUGGAAACUUAAGAAAAAAGAAAUUUGAUGAAUCAACAGACUACAUUUGUCCUAUGGAUACAAACCCAGCUGCUGCGAACGGUACUCAGAAAAACUAUGGUGGCUACAAAGGACUUAAUCCAUUCACUGAUAGAGAACUGGAUCAGAUGGAACACUCAGAAGGAACAGUAAUGCAAAUAGGGGCUCUGUCUCAAGGUAUAAGCCACUUGACGACGAUGUUAAGCCAAGAUGAAAUGCUGAAUGACAGCAGAUUUUUAACACCUACCUUUGAAGACUGGAGCUGA